UUCCGUUCUUCCAGGCCCGGCUGACUGAGAUACCCGAGGCCGCCAUAUUGAAUAAGAAACCUGGCCUCUGAAGGGGUCGGCGGGGUGUAGACAAUUCUGCAGGGCAGCCUCGGCGGCUCCAGGGAGAAGCAAUAUGUUAAGGAUACCUGUAAGAAGGGCCUUAGUGAGCCUUUCUAAGUCUCCUAAAGGAUGUGUUCGAGCAACUGCCACAGCAGCAAGCAACUUGAUUGAAGUAUUUGUUGAUGGUCAGUCUGUCAUGGUGGAACCAGGAACUACCAUCCUCCAAGCUUGUGAGAAGGUUGGCAUGCAGAUCCCUCGAUUCUGUUAUCAUGAAAGGUUGUCUGUUGCUGGAAACUGCAGGAUGUGCCUUGUUGAAAUUGAGAAAGCUCCUAAGGUUGUAGCCGCUUGUGCCAUGCCAGUAAUGAAAGGUUGGAACAUCCUGACAAACUCAGAGAAAACUAAGAAAGCCAGGGAAGGUGUGAUGGAGUUCUUACUAGCAAAUCACCCACUGGAUUGUCCUAUUUGUGACCAGGGAGGUGAAUGUGAUCUGCAGGAUCAGUCCAUGAUGUUUGGAAGUGAUAGGAGCCGGUUUUUAGAGGGGAAACGUGCUGUGGAGGACAAGAACAUUGGGCCAUUGGUAAAAACCAUUAUGACUAGAUGUAUACAGUGUACUCGGUGCAUCAGGUUUGCAAGUGAGAUUGCAGGAGUAGAUGAUCUGGGAACAACAGGCAGAGGAAAUGAUAUGCAAGUUGGCACAUACAUUGAAAAGAUGUUCAUGUCUGAACUUUCUGGGAAUAUCAUUGACAUCUGCCCUGUAGGUGCCCUGACCUCUAAGCCCUAUGCCUUUACUGCUCGGCCUUGGGAAACAAGAAAGACAGAAUCCAUUGAUGUAAUGGAUGCAGUUGGAAGUAAUAUUGUGGUCAGCACAAGAACCGGAGAGGUAAUGAGGAUUUUGCCAAGGAUGCAUGAGGACAUCAAUGAAGAGUGGAUCUCUGAUAAAACCAGAUUCGCCUAUGAUGGGCUAAAACGUCAAAGACUUACCGAGCCGAUGGUCAGAAAUGAAAAGGGGCUUUUAACAUACACCACCUGGGAGGACGCACUCUCGCGUGUAGCUGGAAUGUUGCAGAGUUUUCAAGGCAACGAUGUGGCAGCAAUUGUAGGUGGCUUGGUGGAUGCUGAAGCCCUAGUAGCACUCAAAGAUUUACUUAAUAGAGUGGACUCUGACAUCCUAUGCACUGAAGAGGUCUUCCCCACCACAGGAGCUGGCACAGAUCUACGUUCCAAUUAUCUUCUUAAUACUACAAUUGCCGGUGUGGAAGAGACAGAUGUUGUCCUCCUGGUUGGUACAAAUCCACGUUUUGAGGCACCACUAUUUAAUGCUAGAAUUCGAAAGAGCUGGCUUCAUAAUGACUUAAAAGUGGCCCUUAUAGGCAGCCCUGUUGAUCUCACUUACAGCUACGACCAUCUGGGAGAUUCUCCCAAAAUUCUUCAAGACAUUGCUUCGGGCAGCCAUCCUUUCAGCCAGGUCCUAAAGGAAGCUAAAAAACCAAUGGUGGUUUUAGGCAGUUCUGCACUCCAAAGAAAUGAUGGGGCAGCAAUUCUUGUAGCUGUUUCCAACAUUGCUCAAAAGAUUCGGAUGAGUAGUGGUGUUACUGGUGAUUGGAAAGUUAUGAAUAUCCUUCAUAGGAUUGCAAGCCAAGUAGCUGCUUUGGACCUUGGCUAUAAACCUGGGGUGGAAGCAAUUCGGAAGAACCCUCCCAAAGUGCUGUUUCUCCUGGGAGCAGAUGGAGGUUGUAUUACUCGACAGGAUUUGCCAAAGGAUUGUUUCAUUAUUUAUCAAGGACAUCAUGGUGAUGUUGGAGCUCCUAUAGCGGAUGUUAUUCUCCCCGGCGCUGCUUACACAGAGAAGUCUGCUACUUAUGUCAAUACUGAGGGCCGAGCUCAGCAGACUAAAGUAGCAGUGACACCUCCUGGCUUGGCAAGAGAAGACUGGAAAAUUAUAAGAGCGCUUUCUGAGAUUGCAGGUAUGACUCUUCCAUAUGAUACUCUGGAUCAAGUAAGGAACAGAUUGGAAGAAGUCUCUCCUAAUCUUGUUCGAUAUGAUGAUGUCGAAGGAGCUAAUUAUUUCCAGCAAGCAAAUGAGCUUUCCAAGCUCGUGAACCAGCAGCUUCUUGCUGAUCCACUUGUUCCACCUCAGCUAACGAUAAGAGACUUCUACAUGACAGAUUCAAUUAGCAGAGCCUCACAGACAAUGGCUAAAUGUGUCAAAGCUGUCACAGAGGGUGCCCAUGCAGUAGAGGAACCAACCAUAUGCUGAAACAUCUACUAGCACCCAGUUAGUUAAAGGACAGUUACGUUGGCAUGAUCUCUUAGAGGUGUAUCUCUCUAAAAAAUAAUCUAAAUGAUGUAAUAUUUAAGGUUCUACCAUGCUUUAUUUGAAAAUGAUAUUGCAAUUAUCAAAGAACUUUGAGGUUUCCAAACAUUUAUGUAUUGUGUGUAUACGUUAAAUAGUUUAAUAAACAUGUAUAGAUGGCCUUUCAUGUAAAAGCACUAAUAAUCUUUGUGACAUAAAAAAGAAAAUCCUUAAAAUAUGAAUUUUUGUUUAUCUUCAUUGAUCACUUAUGUUUGUAAAAUGGAUGAAAUAAUAGCUUCCAUUAGGACCUAUUUUUUUCUAGUGCUAAAGAAAAGAUUUAAAGUAUUCUGUGAAGCUGGGUAAAUAGAAAAUAUAUAUAAUAUAAUCAUACAUCAGAUGUGUAUCUUGGACAGCGCUAAUAAUAAUAAUAAUAAUGAUGGCUAAUGAUUAUUUAGGAUUUUCUACGUACUAAGCACUCUGGUUUUACAUACAUUAUCUUGUUUUGUCCUUUUACAUCCCUGUCAGACAGUAUUAUCUCAUUUUACAGGUGAAGAAACAAAAGCCCAGGGAUAUUGGGUAGCUUGCCCAAGGCCACAGCAAAAAAGUCAUAGAAUCAAGCCUGGUUCUCUGACUUCAAAGCCCACUGUUCUUAACUGCUGCACAUAAUUUCCUCCCAUUAGUACAGAUUCCAUAGGUUGUUACGUCUAAGAAUCAGUAUUGAGAAGCUUAAUGGAUAACACAUUUUUCUGUUUUCUCUUGAAUCUGUUUAUAUAAUGUCAUGGUGAUUUAUGGGAUAUUUUUCUUUGUAUAAUAGAUUGCACACACAUACACCCUUGGAAUGAGGGAGGUUUCAAGAGAUAUAAUUUAGGUCCUCAUUGAUGUUCCAUAUUUAUUAUAUUAACACCAUCUGUAGUAUUAAGUCAACUAAAUUAUUCCAGUGAUAAAAGACAAAACUAACAGCUCUCAUAAUUUUCAAUUGUCAAAAAAAGUUAAAAAUUUCCAAUUAAUCUAGGAGAUAAUCUAAUGCUAUAUUGAUUUGUUUUCAGAAUCUAUGUUCAGAAUCCUUUGUUUUGUAAUCCUUAUUCCUUUUUGCUUUCAUCAAAGACUUAGCCCAACUAUAGGUUGCGAUUUUACUGAUAUAACAGAGGAUAAAAAUUUUAGACUAUAGUAUGUCACCAGUACUUUAUCUUCAAAAAUUGUGCAAAAUUUGUCGCCUGUUAACAGUUUUUUCAGAAUUAUUUUAUUCACUUCAGUCAUGAAGUUGUAUACUUCGCUUAAAGUACUUUGCUUAAAAUUCUCAGUUGCCUGAAAUUGUAUAAAUUGUAUAAAUUCUUGCUGAAAGUCUUUGAAUUUAAUACAAACUUCUUAUCUCUCUCUUCCUUCUUUAUCCCUUAGCACUGUUGCUGACCUCAAGGGGGCAAACACUUUCAGUUUUGUGUUUUGCACAGUAGUCUUCAAUGAAUGAGUGUAGAUUUCAUAGGAUUCUUGGUGAGGGAAUAUUGCAUUCAAAUGGAGAAAAGGUGAUAUAUAACUAAGAUGGUCCAGGAUCCUAGGACUGCCAUCUAGGCAGCAUGUGUUGAACUUGGAAUUCUGUAAAGAAUACCUUGUUUGGGCUAAGUAGUACUCAAUAAAAUUUGUUGGUUUUUACAUAAAGUAAACAUGAAAGUCUGUCCCAUGGGCACCUAUUAGUCACUUAAUGUUAAAUAUUAAGGUUAUUGUGACCAUAAACAUUGAUGAUGGUUGCAAAACUUUCUGAAGAAGAGAGCCAGAUAGAAGAAAAAUACAUAUAGAUGAGAAGAAUAACAGCUGAUGGAAUUUUGAUUCUAAGCAACGAGGGAGUCAACAUGAGAAAUCUACAGAGGAUCAAGGCCAAGUCCAUUUAGGUGAAGACGGCAGUCUGGAAAGACCCUGGAAUAAUAAAUAAUACAAUUUAGAAAAGACAUUCUAAUAUGUGCCAUUAAAGCUUUAAGUACAUUGUGUCUAAUUUUCACAAAACCCUGCUAACAAUCGGUAUUAAGACCCAAGAAAUAUCAAAUAACUCGCCCAUUGUUACCCAGUUAAAGACUAAAGGCAAGAAUGUUUAAUUAGAGAUAUUUUUUACUGUCCCAUUUUGCCUCAAAAAACCUUGUGGACCACUAUAAGAAUUGAAUAGAUAUACAGGAAAAAUUUUAAAGCCUAAACUUCAUACAGAAUACCCCCCAAAUUUAUUGUGAAUUGUAGUAUAAUGAAUCCAUCAAUAAAAAGUAUUAUACCUUAUUAACAAUACUCAGUAUACAAUAAUUUAUUAUUGUUUGGUGCUGAGUUGUUUAAACACUGUUUCUUGCCAGGUCUGACAGAUCUUGUUCAACUUUGGAAAUAUUACUUGGAAAAAUUUAACUAUUUCUUCAUCUGUAAAAUGAGGAUAAAUGUUCUAAUAAUUGUACCUACUUCCAACCUUAUAGGGUUGUUAUGAGGAGCAAGUCAGAAAGCCUCUAAAACUUUCUUGGCCUAUUUCCUGACACAUAGUGAAUGCUCAAUGUGCUUAGGGACUGAGAACCAUCAUUAUAGGAAAAUGUGUAUUCAGAACUUUGCUGGAUGUUUCAGGAGGUUGCAACUAACCAUCCAUGGGAGCCCUUGAAGUCCCCCUUCUCAGUGAAUUGAGUAAAAAACUCAAUUCCAUUGAUUGUGAGGGAAAGUCAUGCCUAAUGUAACCUCUAGCUGCUGUUUUCCUAAAGAAAUGGAUUUCUUUCCUAAGACUCGAGAAUUAAAUGACUUGUCCAAGGUCAACCCAAGUAACAGAAUACUGCUACUACAAACUGUCCACCAGCGUUGUGAAGAUUAACUUAUUAUGCAGAGCUCUGCAUAUUUUGAUGGAAUUUUUACUAGUCACAGUAAGAUUUACUGAGUCUGUUGGAUUCUAACGCUUAAAAGAGACUACUUCUGAAAGCAAAAACAAAAGGCAGUGCAAUCAGAAGAGGGAAAACUAUAUGCUGGUGAUAGAAAGGGUACUGAAGGAGGGUAAGAGCUAUUGAUGGGCAUAAAAGGGGACAGGUGAAUUCUUAUGCCAACAUGAACCUUUAGCUAAUAUAAACUGUCAGCUUUAUUGUUGCCGAAACAAAUUACCCCACCACGAUUCAAGCUCCCACGGGGAGAGGAACUAAAGCAGCUUAGCAACAAAAGCAGUGGUAAGAGGUGGUUUUUUUUUUUAAUGUUAACAAUGUCAUUCAUGACCACUGUUAAAAUGUCACUAGCAAAGUGAUUACAAACCCCUGUUACCAAAGGCCCAGUGUGGCUGGGGAAUAGUUCAAGCAGAAAUAAAUGACACGCGUGAGUAUGACAAUUUUUUAGACAUUUUGUAAGGUUAAUCCUACCUUAGCAUAGCUAGACCUUAGGUUUGUGAUUGACCCAACUUUUGGAAACAAGUACACGUGAAAAAAAUGAACCUUGAUAAAGACAUUUCGGAACCAAAAAAGCGUGUGUGUAUACAUAUAUGGCCACCUUUUAUAAAAAGAUAAAACUGAUAAUCCCCAAAUAAUUUUCUACUAACCAGUAUUUUAAAAUGUCUUAACAGUUGCACAGUAUGUUGCUUAUUUCAUUUAGCCCAAGAGACAAGAAUGUUAAUGAGAAAUUUGAUUAGACCUCAGAUCUAGCUUGUAAGAGAACAAGGAUCUCAGAGCCAAAUACCCUUUUGCUUAAAGUGUUUUAUGGUUUUUAUUACAGAAAAAUUUUAAAGAUUAAAGACUUACCUAUGACUGAUAUUCAAACUAUGAUUGAUAUUCAAAAUCAUUGACAUCUUAAUAUUUUUUAAAUAACUUACCCUGAAAAGCAUAUGUUGAUAUUGAAAAAUAGGGUAAAAUGUACAGUCUAGGACUAGUAAUUAGUUUACAAUAUUUAAUUGGAAUUUGUAUAUAAAGAGAUCGUAAGAUGAAUAACAGUUUCCUUCUUAUUUCUUUUUGGCCAUGCUGCACGGCAUGCAGGAUCUCAGUUCCCAGACCAGGGAUGGAACCCAGGCCCCCUACAGUGGAAGCGCGGAGUCUUAACCACUGGACCACCAGGGAAGUCCCUAAUUUCCUUCUUAGAUGCAUAUAAUUUUGGAUCUGAAAAGGACUGUAGAAAAAAAAAUACCUUUGGUAAUUAUGGAAAUGGAGGUCAAAGAGAAUAAGGAGUAAAUGAGGGACAGAUCCUGUGAUUUGAACCAGCCCUUCCGACGCCUGGUUCAUUGACAUCUCAAAGCCUUAAAUUCAGCUCCAACAUUUAUUAAAGAUUUGCAGAGUAUCUGCUGUGUGUGAAGUACAAUAUUAAGUAUUAGGACUACAAAGAGAAAUACAUAUAUGAAAAGUAUCUCAGCAGAUGCAAAAAAAAACUUAAUUGUGUUUACCUCUAGGUAGUUCAACUUUAUUCUGAGGAAUAGCAUAAAGAAAAGGAUUGUACACCUCUAUCAUUUGAGCAUUUGAAGGCUUUUACAAUAAGAAUAUAUUGCUUCUAUAAUUUUUAAAAACAUUGCUUAAAUGAAAAAUAGCAAAACAAAACAUUUAAGUUGAUGAAAACUAAAAAUAGCAGGAUGCAAAAUUGUAUGUGUACUACAUGUGGUUGACAGCCUCUAACAUGGCCCCAGUGAUCCCUGCCUCCUGGGAUUCACACCCUUUUGUCAUCUUCGCUCCUUGCGUGUGGGCUGGACUUCCUGAUUCACUUCUAAUGAAUAGGGAUGUCUCUGCUGAGAUGAAGUUUUAAACAGUCUGUGGUUUCUGUCUUGGGCUCUCUGAUUCUCUCCCUCUCAGAUCACUGCCUGCCAUGUUGUGAGGAUACUUAGGCAGCCUAUGGAGAGGCCUCAUGUGGUAAGGAAGAGGCCUUCCAGUAACCGUAUCAGUGAGCUGAAUCCUGGCCGCCGAUUGAGUGGAGGUGACUGUAGCUCCAGCCAACAGCCUAAUUGCAACCCCAUACAUUUCUGGAUUCCUAACAGAAAUUGUGAGCUAAUACGUACUUGUUGUUUUUAACCACGAAAUUUUGGGUUAUUUUGUUAUGCAGUAAUAGAUAAUACACUAUGAUUACAACCAGGCAAAGGCAUAUACCAGGGUACCCACAUCCAAUGACUGACUCGUGGGAAUAUAAAGGCCUGGCCAUCUAGACCCAAUGGAGGACACUUUUCGAAGGCUGUUUAGUUCUCAAGCGUUCUGUGGGGCUGGCUGAGGCUGUCAUUGGACCUGCAUUGCAGCUCAACUUUUCCCUCUGCCCACUCCUGCCUUCUUCCCCUCCCUUACAGGUGUUGACCCCCAUGGAACUCCUUAAUAAAUAUUUUGCACAUUGAAUUCUGCUCAGAGUGUGCUACCUGGGGAAUCCAAACCGUGACAGCCAUCUAGAAUAUCUAUGGAUCCUACGUAGCUGCUCCAAUUAUCACUAUGUGUCAGCCAACAUGAAGAGUGAGGGAGAAGAAGUGGAGGACAAGCACUGAUGUUUUAUUGACAUGACUUGGAAAUUGCAUCACUUCCAUUCACAUACCAUAGGCAAGACUUACAGCCACACUCACCUGCAUGAGAGGAUGCUGGGAAAUGCAGCCUCCAGCUGGACAGCCAUCUACUCAACUAAAACAGAAAUUCUAAGAGGUGUUCUAGUUGAUCUUUUGCUAUGUAACAAACCACCCCAAAACUUAGUGGUGUAAAACAACAACCAUUUUAUUAUGCUCAUGUGAUUCCGUGGAUCCAAAAUUUAGAAAGGGCACAGGGAGAUGGAGUCACAGCUGGAUGACUUGAGUAUUUGGGGAUGUAAAGUAUCUCAUAUAUGAAAAGUAUCUCAGCAGAUGCAAAAAAAAACUUAAUUGUGUUUACCUCUAGGUAGUUCAACUGGUCUGAGGAAUAGCAUAAAGAAAAGGAUUGUAUGUCUAUCAUUUGAAGGCUUUUACAAUAAGAAUAUAUUGCUUCUAUAUAGAAGCAAAAUAUAGAAAGGGCACAGGGAGAUGGAGUCACAGCUGGAUGACUAAGUAUUUGGGGAUGACUCAAAUAGCUGGGGACUGGAGCAGCUGUGGCUGGAGGACCUUCAGUCCCCAGAUGGCAUCUUCACUUACAUGUUUGGCUCCUGGGCGGGAAUGGUGGAAGGACAGGUUCAGAUGGCAUUGUCUUACAGAGCAUCUACCUGUGGCCUAUUCAUCAUGACAGUCUCAGGACAGUUGUACUCACAGGUUGGUUCAGGGCGCCAAGAGCAAGAGCGUUCCUAGAGACCAAGGAGGAAGCUGCAAGUCUUCUUAGGACAACCUCAGAAGUUAUAUAGUAUCACUUCACUGUACUUUCUUGGUCAAGCCAGUCUCAGAGCCCACCCAGAUUCAAGGGGAGGAAGCAUACAUCCCACUUCUUGAUGGGAGGAGGGUCAAAUAAUUAAAACCACCACUAAGGGAGAAUAGAUAUUGGGGGACAAUUAGUUCCUGCCAUCAGCCCUGUGAUACGUACUGCAGUAAUGAAGAGGGAGAUACACAGGAAAAAAUGACUAUAAUAAACUAUAAAGUGAAGUUUCUAUAAUAUACCAAUUAAUCUAUAGCUAUUUUCUCAUUACUUACCGCAACUCGACUGCUUUUGUAUUCAGUAUAGAGUUGGUAAGUCCCCUCAUAUAUAGGAUAGAGUUAAGGCCCUUCUCUUUGGCUCUAAUUCUUUAAGCUUUUAAAUAUAACUCAAGAACCUUGGCACCUAUAACUGAAAUGCUUUUGGGGGGAUUAAGGCUAUUUAGAGGAGGAAAUGAGCCUUUGUUAGGUUGCCUACAGAUUGUCCAGCCUGGGUUACUACAGAUUGGGUAAGUACUAGGCCAAAUGGAGUAAUGUUCCUCAAGUAAUAUAUUUAGUAUCACAGUUUGAGUACAGUAGUGGAACCCAAAGUGUACUUUUUCAGUAUCUUCUAUUCCAUUUCCACUUCACAGGAUUUACUGUAUUCUUCAGCAGGUUAAGCAAACCCCCUGCCAGACAAUGUACUGUAUGUUAUUAAUGUAAAUUAUUUUCUGAAUUAAAAAAAGGUGGCAAGUCAUGGGUAAACUAGGACAGGAACUGAGUCUGUUGAGGUCUUUAAACUCUUCCAAGACUUGGGGAUUUUCCUUAUGUUCCUAGGGUUAGGGUGACCUUGUCCCAUUGUUCUAGAACAGAAGCAUCUACUUUGCUGCUGGAAAGCCCUGGGAUAAUGUUGGAAAUCUAAAAGGAGCAGUAAAGCAUGACUAAAUUUCAUUAAUUUCAAUUUCCCCUGCCAAGAAAAAUAAAGGCCAAAAUUUUU